GUUGUGCAACGUUGGGGACAAACUGCGAAUCGGCACAACAAUCAUACCUGGAGGAAUCACCAAGAGGGCUCGACUUCCGAGAUAAACCCCACGUAUAAGCCGCAGGGCAAUGCGUUGCAUUCACCAUAUUGGCAUCUGUGCCGUAUUUGUUGCAGAAUAACAGUCUGCCAUAGCCAAUAACUGUUAGCUGGAUAGCUGAGUGGAAAGGAGGGUAAAUCCCGGACGAACAUAAAUCCUUCACACGGGAGUGAAAGUCCUUUUUGGGACUGUCGUCUUAGGCCUUCCACAAGGAUCAGCUGGCUGUUGGACUCAUAUCAAUAUCGCAUCCAUCUGCGUUUACCUAGGUAAUCUCAAAACUUCUUCACUUCUUCACUUCAUACUUGAAAUUUGCCCCUUAAAUCUCUGUCCAGUUUCGGGCUCAAUCCUUCAAUCUUGCAAGAAGACCGUCCCUUACCUUUUCAAUAUGUAUGAAAAUCCCACAGGUUUGAUCGCAGGCUCUGUGGUCAUGUGGUGUAUCACUGUGUUUUGCGUUGGUCUGAGAUUUGGCAACAAGAUACGGGAACGGCAGAGCUUUCUUGCAAGUGACUGGCUAAUUCUAGCUGGAUGGGUUUUUGGGACAGGAUUGACAGUUCUCGAGAUUUAUGGUGUUGCAAUUAAAUCUCUUGGAUAUCGAAUCGGGGCCACACUUGCAGAUCCAGCAUCUGUCACAGGGCAGUUGAACAAAGCCAGACACAUUCAACUCGCUUUCUUCCUCAUGGGUGUCACUGCCCUCGGCCUAAUAAAAUUGUCGAUUUCCUGUUUCUACUGGCAACUUUUCGCCAAAGUCACGCUCCGCCGCUUCCUUAUCAUUUGGAUGGUAAUCGUCGGAGUUUGGGCUACUGCCUUCGUCAUGGCCGGCCUCCUUGAAUGCGGCUCUCAUCUCACGGCGGUAUUCGGCACGCCAACAGAGUAUCUAAAGCAUUGCGGGAGCGCUGUCCCCAGUGGAUAUGCGAUGGUAGGAAGUGAUAUUGCGACGGACUUCAUCACACUUAUCAUCCCUAUUCCGGUGAUUCUGAGAUUAAAAAUGAACAUGCGUCGAAAGUUACUCACAUUGAUGGUGUUUCUAAUUGGUUCACUGUCCGUCGGCGCAUCGAUUGCUAAAGGGUACAUCUACAUUCGAUCGAGCAUGGGUGUGUAUUCCGAAGACGGUCUUCUCAUUCUUACAGGCAUCUCGAUCUGGAAUCUAGCAGAAGUCGAAAUCGCUAUUGUCGCUGCUUGUGGACCAAUGCUCUGGUCUAUACUCGCUCCUACCUUCUCUCAUCUUGCGUCACUUAUUGGCUCAAAGUGGCACUCUAGGUCUAAGAUUAAUAACUCCAAGGAAACCCACGAACUACCACGCUUCGUGAAAAUGUCCGAGAGUCAGGUGAAACUGCCGGUUGGAGCCAGAGGUGUCUCUGAGGGCUCUGGCGAGCGGGACAUGAUGGACCAGUAUGAGCUAGACUCAAGAUAUGAGAGGUCUAGCAUUGGAGUGUAGGAAUAUAGCCCAUCGGAGGUGACGGUGCUGUACUAUGCCAUAAGGCCUCGAAGAAUAAUCUGGUCUUCUGAAGUAUUUAUCUGAACCGGAGAGCCGACAUGAUUCAAAGGUCUGUGAAAUGGGAUAUGAAUUCUGACGGCGAUUAGCCAAGGUCUCCGGCGGACUAGCCAAGUAGGUAUGCACUUGAGUAUUUAUCUGCAGACAACAGUUCAAGUCGAGUGGAAUUUCCUUUGUGGCGAUUCACAGAUUAGUGCCACAUAUUAGACAUGAGAGUUGAACGUUCCCCGCGUGACACUGACC